AUUUGAGUUGACGUGGGUAUCGUCUUUUGUAUGGUGGGUAUAUCUAUGCCGUAUGGUGGUUCCGGUGUCAGGGAUUUUUACUGAAUAUACUAUUUGGUUUUAGUAUUUAUAAAAUAUUACAGUGAAUUUACAUUACAAACCUCCAACUUUCGACGUGAGUCGUGAGUGAUAUAGUUUUAUUGUUCAAAAUUCCUCAUCAUAAUAAAUGUGAUUCUAGUCUGUCUACCUAUGAUCUAAUAUUACAAUGCAGUGUUUUGCGUUAACCAUUAGAUAAGUCUCUUAGUGUAAAUCAUCCUUGUCAGUCGUUGCCAAAAUGUUUGAAUACACGUCCUUGUUGGUCUUCACUCUAUUCUACAUGAUCGUUUCGGCUUGUUUUCUACUCAGAACUACUGAGUUUGUGUCGAAUGGUCUUACCGUCGAGAGUCUGUUUGACAUGGUGAUAGACAAAGAAUAUAACAAUUUCAUAUUGCAUCACAUCAAGCGAACAUCAUACAGUAUCGUUGUACAUUCGAGCCUGCCAUUCGUUUAUUUACUAGGCACACUGCUAGUCAAUGACAAUGAAAAAGCAUUUGUGAGUGUCUACUUUUAUGAGUUGAUUCUUUUGUCAUUGUUGCCCAUCGGGUAUAGCGUUUCAGUAAUGUUCAAAUGGAAAUCAAAUAAUUGGGCCAAUCAUCCAUUAUCAAUUAUUUUGAGUCGAUACAAUUCUGUUGAUUGGACACUUAUAGCUCAGAACAUUUCAACCGAAUAUCAAUGUCUUCAAAAAUUGACGUUGGCCUAUGGUACAAUAAAUAGAACAGUUGUUACUGAAAACUGGAUAAUAUCGAUAAAACCUUAUAUGGUUUAUGUUUCCAAGAAAUCAGAAAGUUCUUUCUUAGUGUACAGUUCAGAUAACCAUAAUUCUACACCUGAUGGCACUCCAGGUAGUAUACAGUUCAUCAACAUUCAAGUGAUACCAAUUCGUUCUCAAAUUAAAUGGUUUAUUGUUAGAAUAAGGUCUGAAGACUUUAAGACACUAGAAGAACAUAUUGGCCAUCCUAUACAGAUUGCAGAUAAUGUCAAGUUACAGCGCUCAAGAACUGAACGAUUCAUUGAAGUAUUUCGUGAUCAAGUUUCCCAAAAUCCAGUAUAUAAUGGUUACAGUUCAGCAGAAUUAGAAGACGAUGUAUGUGCUGGUUGCUUGGUGAAUCCUCCAGAUGUUAAACUUACCAAAUGUUGUGAAGAUAGCAAUGACAUAGUAAAUUGUACUUCGUGUCAAUGCAGACCUAUGUGGUGUGUUGAUUGCAUGGCUAAAUGGUAUGAAUCAAGGCAACCUCAAAACGACACAACUAUAUGGUUAUCAUCAAAAUGUACCUGUCCACUUUGUCGUCAAAUGUUCUGUAUCCUUGAUGUCUGUCCAUUGGAAAAUUCUGAUUUAGCUAAGACUAAUUAAGUAUUGGUUGGUUUGACAAUACUACUACUGUGAUAAUGUAUGUAAUACAAAAAGUAACUUUUAAAUUUUAAAUUUUUUGUAAUCUUAAAUAUUUAAUUUGUUAUGUUAAGAUUUAAAACUGUGUUAAGAAUUUUAUUUUUUCUUGUAACUAAUAACUAAAUAAAAUGUUAUAAUUUUAAAUAAAAUGUAAUAUACCUAUUAAUAUAUUAUUAACCAAUAAAAGAUGUUACACUAAAAUUAAAAUAUAAUACAAUGCU